AUGCUUCCAUUAAUACUACUACUUGCUGUACCGUCAGUCUACACUGAAAAUUUUUCAUACAUUUAUAAUGGAGUUAAAUAUUCAAAACAAUCUAUAUUAUCUAUAAAAGGACUUCCCACAAAUCUAGUCGCCAAUCCAAAUACUGAAGACAUAUUAUUUACUUUAAUUGAUAUAGAAACACUACAAAACGAUGACGUACAGACGAAAAUGGAUCAAUAUAUAUUAAAAAAUAAUGAACCCAUCAAAAUUGAUAAUGUGAAUGGUCAAGCGGCUGCAGUAGAUAUUAAACAUAAUAGAGUAUACAUAGCAAGUGACCGUGGACUUAACACAUUAAAUAAUACGAACAAAGCCAAUUUUAUAGCACUAUUGAACGAAGACAUAACACAGCUGUUCAAACCUCAAAAUAAUGGAAAAAUAUAUGCAGUGAUAUAUCCUGACAGUGAAGUAUAUGAAGUAGACUUGGAGAAGAAUGAGAAAGUGAAAGUGGGCAUACCUUGUGCCUUCAUGCUAGCUGUAGAUAAUAAAGGAAAUAUUUUUUACGAAUGUGAUUCAAAAUAUGUUAAGGUUUUGUUAAAAGAUUUCCAAGAGCCUAUUGAAUUUGUUGGUAUCCCGAAAAAUUCGGCUCGAGCGUUAGCAGUGGAUAAAAACGAUAGGGUUAUUUUGGCUGCUAACGAUGGCUUAUAUUGGUUGAAACCGAAUUCAGUGAUACCUGAAAAGUUGAUGAAUUUAGACUUCGUGCCUUCCGGCAUCGCUUUCUUGGAUGAUAGGUUUUAUUUAUCUACAAAUGGAAUUAUAUAUGAAUUUGAAAUUUCUGAAUCU